GCCUGAGGCCAUGCUGGCUGGAGAGGAUGGGAAUUGGUGUCCAACACCAGCAAUAACAACCACCACCACCACUGGAGGGCCACAGGUUCCCCACCUCUGUUUUAAAGCUUAUGGGAACUAGCAUUUGGCCCUGGCAAAGUCUAUUUUAUCUUCCUCAGAACUUCAGUACACCUCCUUGACACUUGUAAUGUGACCAUCCACCCCAAGGCAUCUGUUGUGGUGUUUGGAGGGUCUGUGAAUCUAAACUGCACCACUUCAUGCACCAAUUAUACCCAGAUGAAAUGGGAGGUGUCUCUGAAAGGAGCAAUUGAGAUAGGAGAUGGAUGGAGUACUCUAAACAUCACCAGUGCAACUGAAUGGGACCUUAAACCUCUGUGCCUAGUCAUAACAGAAGGCUCUGAUCCACUCACCAGUGCUGUCAUCUAUGUUUACAACUUCUCAACUCCAGAUAUCUUCCUGGCUUCUGAGAUUGUGGCUAAUCGCUCUGAGAAGAUUAUAUGCAAUAUCUCUAGUUUGACAGUGGGAGGCUCCAUCCCAUCGAGCAUCAACAUCUCCCUGAGCAUGGGCAGCAGCAUCCUGAACAGUAGCCAUGGCAUUUCAUCUGUGGAGUACAGUUUUGUAGCUAAGCCUCAGGAGGAUGGGGAUGAUAUCCUCUGUGUGGCUUACCUCCAGGUGGCCUCAGAAGUGCUGGAAAAAAGUGCAAACAGAACCUUGAAGAUUGUGGCCAGUCCUUACAAUGUCAGCAUUUCAACAAAUCUCAAGGUGUACAAAAGUGGUGCGUCGCUUGUGGUGAAGUGCCAUGCAGAAGGAAAGCCCUUUCCAGAGUUUUCAUGGGAUCUCCCCUCCAAAGUUGGCGUGGAGUACUCGGAUGGCAAUAAGACCAUCACAAUCCAUCCUGCUCAAGUGAACCAUAAUGGGACUUACCGAUGUCUAGUACAUAACGUUUAUGGCAACAACUCGGCAAAGGUAGAAAUUCUUUAUGAAGAGAUGUCUCGCAGUUUGGUCGUAGUCUGGGUGAUGGUGUCAUUGGUGAUCAUAGGCAUCUUGGGUGUCAUCAUUUGGUACUGCCGAAAAUGAGGAUGACCCUUUGGAAAGACAGCAGACUUGGAAUGAACUCUUUUGGCAUGCAGGAGGCAACAGUAAGAGGGAAUUCAGGACUCUACACAGCAGCACUUGGCAGAAACUGGAUCAUAUCCUAGUAGCCCCUGAAUUCCAUUAAUCUGCUACUACCUUCAGACAAAAACAUGGAAUGUUUCUGUGAACAAGGAGCACCUUUAGAGUAGCUGGAGUGGGUAUAUCAGAGCAACAGCAGAGACAAAACACACAAUAUGGUAACAGGCACAUAAUUCAGCUAGCAAAGAACCUUUGUUUUUAUUUGAAAAUUAAAAAUUCAAGUUUCUAGCCCUUAUGGCUGUAGAAGUGUGUGCACAAUGGCUUUUGAAAUCUCAGCUGGUCUGGUCUGAAUACAAUUCCUAAUCACUGGAGGCAGACCUCCCCUGUGACUAGCAGCACCAGAAUAAAUUAUUCAAAUUAAGAUAAAUUCUGCUUUCCCCCACCAAUUUAUAUAUUUAUACAGGUUGCUGAACAUAAGUUUUCUUGGACAGAAUUUGGGUUUCAGCAGCCCUUCUCUGCCCUCUCUUCUUAAGCUUUGCAUAAAAAGCAGUUUGAGUCUCAGGUUGCAACCAUAUGCACAUUUCCCUGGAAGUAAGCCCUAGUAAACAUAAUUGUGUUUUCUUCCACUAAGAAUGCAUAGGGCUCUUGCAGUGAAAAGAGAUACAGAUGUAGUUUUAAAAAUAGACUUUUCCAUUGGGAUCAGGGGAUCAAAAAUCACCAGUCUAGAGAAUAUUCUACUCUUCAUGGUUCCAAUCACAGGGAUGGGGAAGGAAUUUGUUCACUUUGCAUUUUCAUGUGAAUGUACCUAAUUCACAUUUCCUGAGCCAUCCCUGUAAUUGGAACCGCUGUGAUUGAAUACUGUUUCAUAGCCUAACAAAUUUCAUGAUUAUCUUUAAGAAUUUUUUUAAUUGCCUGAAUUUAUGGACAUUUUUUCAUUCUGUGUUGUCCCAAUUAAAAAAACCCUUUAUUUGGUUAGAUGUUUUAGAUGGUGUAGCUUCAAACUUAAGGUGGCCAUCUUUAAACAAAGGAACCUCAAAGGGAGGCUGCAACAUGAACUGUUAAUUGGCUUGCCAAUGCCAAGGUGCAUGUGUGAUCAACUACUUUUGUGUGUGCAUGUGAAUGGUUACUGUUAAUAUGGUCACUAUCACCAUUUAUGUUGCAUUUCCUUUCGUGGGCUGCAGUCUGUGAACCUUAUACCACAACUAAUCUGUUAGUCUUUAAGAUGCCACAAGACUGUUGCUUGUUUUAGCUUCCUUGUGUUUCUUAUAUUACCACAGGGUGGAGCUAUGAUAUUAGGGAAAAAUCAACAUGACUCCCCAUUGGUGUGUCUUCGUGUGUUUUAAGAAUAGUUAGUUAUGUUCAGGGGAGGGCAACAGGGAUGAUCAGGGGACUGGAAACAGCCCUAUGAGAAGAGACUGAAAGAACUGGGCAUGUUUAGCCUUGAGAAGACUGAGGGGAGAAAUGAUAGCACUCUUCAAGUACAUGAAAGGUUGUCACACAGGCAGGUCCAGGAUCUCUUCUCAAUCACCCCUGAGUGCAGGACAUGGAAUAAUGGGCUCAAGUUACAGGAAGCCAGCAUCCAGCUGAACAGCAGGAAAAACUUUGUAACUGUUAUUGUGGCACAACAAUGGAACUAAUUCCUUAGGGAGGUGGUGGGCUCUCCAACACUGGAGGCCUUCAAGAGGCAGCUGGAUAGCUGCUUGUUGGGUAUGCUUUAACUUGGAUCCUAAGCAGAGCAGGGGAUUGGACUUGAUGGCCUUAUAGGCCCCUUCCAACUCUAUGAUUCUAUGUUGAACAAGUGUGAAACUCAGCCUCUGCCCUCCCCUCCUUACACUGUAUCACUUCCCCUUCCUCCUUGCCUUAGGGUGACUAGCAUUCAUAGACUUGACGGAAAUUUCCUUUGGCUUAGGAAUCUUUUGUGUGGAGAAGUAGGGUUGCCAGGUUGCUCCAAGAGAUCUUUUGUAUCUUUAAAAGUUGUGCAGGGGGAAGGGAGAAUUUCACCUUGUGGUUUUUCCCUUCACAGUGUUGCAAGAACACUUGCACUUGGCUGAAUUUUCUCUUCUCUUAAAGAUACAGAAUCAUUCUCAGGCCCUGAGCCUGGCAACCCUAAGGGGAAGAGGUGAUUUUCUUUAAACAAGGAGAUAUUUGUUAGGAAAUGAGAGGCAGGCAGCAUCUUUUUGAUGGUUGUGAGAGAACUAAAUUUCCCAUUCCUCCAUCUACAAAAGUGAUUCCUCAGUGUAUUGUCUGCAUGUGUCCAACCUCUCUGAGCAGUGUAACUCAGCUGUGGUGUUUUGGGGAGAUCACUGGUGGAGAGAAGUUUAAGGUGUUUUUGUAAUACCUGUGUUAUUCACUAUAUACAAGUGGAGCAUAAAGCAGAGGCGAAUAGAAUCACUGCUACAAGGCAGCAGAUAUGCCACCUUACAUCCACACCCCCGACAGAGUGCCUUCAGACAAAAAGUAAAGGUAGUUGUGUUGAUCCAUAACAAAAGUGCCAUACCAAAAAUCAAUAUUAGGCCAAAACCAAAAUGUCUCAAAACAGCGUGCCAGCUUGAGAAGUCCUCCACAAUCCUUCAUCAAGCUAGAUCAGGGAUAGGGAGCUGGAUCUGCCCAGUGAGCUGAAUCCUUAUUUUCCCCCAUGGGCCAAUUUGAGAGGUGGGCAGGGGCCCUUUUGAAAUCCGUUUGUUGGCAUGGUUUGCAUUCAGACAACACUGGUAAAUGUACAUUUUCCUCUAUAGACUGGCAAGUUGUCUUCAGAGGGGAAGCUAGGCAGGUUAUAUAUUAAGAAAGAUGGAAAUUAAUUUUAGAUGGUUCAGUCUUUAGCUAACUCUCUCUCUCUCUCCAAACUGCAAAUUGUUGCUUCCUCACAUGCACUCAUCUUAGUACAUAUGCCUCUUAGUUGUAGGGUGAUGAUAAAUAGCCUCUAAACUAUAAUGCCUCUAAACUAUAAUGCCAUCAAAAUACUUGAGAAAGAUUUUGAAACACCAUUUGAAUGAAGGGUAGGCUAACAUCACAAUGUAUUAUGUUUCCUUUCAUUCUUAUCUUGUACACACACACAUCAUGCUUGGGCACUGCUUCCUAAAGACAGAGGGUACAUUUAUAUUUGAAAGGCGAGCAAGUGCAUUUAGUUGGUGACCUGCAGCUCGGUUUACACUGGUCAUUUUUCAUGCCUAAGCUACAUUUGUAAUAGUGUUUCCAUGUUUAGUCUAGGCUCUAGUAAAUGGGGCAGCCUGAUGUGACCAUGUGUCACUGGUCCUGAAAGCACUGCACUGGCUGCCAGUGAGCUAUCAGGCCAAAUUCAAGGUGGUUGUACUACCAUCUAAAGCCCUAAAUGGCUUGGGAUCCAAAUACCUAAAAGCAGUAGUGAAACGGCAAACUCAGAAGUGCAGGGUCGCUUCAUGAUAGUCAUAGCCAUGCCUCCCUUUUGCUGCUGGGUUGAGAAUGAGAUCCUUGUUAAUGCCUUCUCCCACAAAAACAGACAUCGCUAGGAGACAAUCAUCAUGAAAGGGGAGAGUGUUAGCUCAAAGAGGCUUCUCAGUUAAUGACUCAUCUCCUUUCACUCUGAUUGGCUCCAAUCAUCAGGAAAGGACAAGGAAGCAAUGGCUGGAAGGAUACUUCUCAAUGGCUAACACACUCCCCUUUCAUGCUGAUUGACUUGUAGGAUGCUGGAGACAGAGGGACCCUGCUGGAACCCUGCUCCCAAAAAAGCAAGGGGUCUAACACCCCUUGAGAUCCUGGAUGACCACACCCCUGCCUAAAAGACUGCCUUCCUGUGGUGAGCCAUGCAGGGACGGGGUGGAUAGAUGAGGGUGAAAUGAUGAGGACUUGGACUGGGAACCUGGGGAGGGGGCAGACAGUGGGGUGGACUCACAGGGUGCGCCAGCCCCCAUCUUUGACAGCUCAGCCCCCUCAGUCCCUGACUCCCCUGUGGAUGCUCCACCUGGCCCAUCUGACACUCUUCAGUUGGACAUGCCCAUGCCGCCCAUGCCAGAGACUCAACCUCACACGUCAGACGUUUCCCAGCACUGCACAGCUUCCCAUGCCUGAACUGACUGUUAGCAGCCUCUCUCCGUCGGAGAGGGAAGUCGAGAUCAAACCAGCUUCGCCCAGCGCUCGGAGGCGUUUGUGGUGAGAAGUUCAACAGUUGGAGCUGAGGCAGAGACUUCAUUUGUGUGCACAAUCCAAGCCUACCUAAGCUGACUCAGGGGGGAAACCCAGUUGCUGAGUCAAUGUCAGGGCCGGUUCUAAAGGGCGGCCAGGUUGGGCACUGGCCCGAGAGCCCCGGAGCUACAGGAGCCCCUGAGGGGCCCCUGAGGGGCCCUCCGCUCCCCUUCUGCAAUCCGCAUCCCCCACCCCCCCCACUUUCCUGUCAGCUGGCUUUUUAGCAUUGCUCUUAAUGAAGAUGGUGGCCGCAGCUUCCCUAAGGUACUGAAGCUGCUGCCGCCAUCUUAGUUGAUGGCAGAGAUGUGCACGCAUAGCACGCAUGUGUGCCAUCAACAAAGAUGGUGGCAGAGGCUUCAUUCCCCCUAGGGAAACCUCAGCCACCAUCUUUAUUAAGGGCAAUGCUAAACAGGUAGGGGGGCCAUGGGGGAUGCGUGAGGAGGGCCAUGCGCACGUGCGUAUGCACGCACACGCACACCCACCCACCCACCGGGGGGCCAGGGCAAGCUGAUGCCCAAGGGCCCCCGCAUGCCUGGAGCCGGCCCUGGUCAACGUCUUAGAGUCUUGAAGUCAUGCUUAGUCAGAGGUAGAGCAGAGCUGAGUUCCAAGAUAGAGUAGUUAGGUUAAUGAGUUGAACUGCUUUGGAUGUACCUAUUCCUUUAAUAAAAAGAGAAAAAGCCACA